UUACCAUUGUACAUUAUUUACUAGAAAGAAAAUUCUAUUAGGACUCGCUUUUCUAACCAUACUUGUACGCGCUGGACAUUUCUAUUAAUCACCCGACGAGUAUAAAAUGGCGUCCUCCUUCAGCGCGUCAUCUUUCCUUCUUCUCUCGUCUUCUCUGGAUAAGAGUACCUCGUAUAUAUUAUUGAAUCUCUUCCUAGGGUUUACCGCCAAACACGGCAAUCUCAUGCUCGUACAUGAGCGUACUGAAACAACGGCAUGUCGACGCGCGAAAGCCGUCGGAUACUAAAUCACGAAUCACGACAAGGGGAAAAAAAAUGAGGUCUACCGAUCGCAAUGUAUUGUUCAAGGAUGGAAAA